UCCAACAUCGUCGUCUACCCGCAACCCGCAAUCCCCCCCUGGGUCCGACCAUCCAAAGUUUUCUCUCUCGAAGAGAACUCCAGACACAUCAUUCCCCCCCCAGAUAUGGCAUCGUCGCCCAGUGAAUUACAAGGCUCAUCUCCAGUACCGGCGAUGCCGCAUCCGAACGACAAUACUCGCAUGCAUACAUCGUCACUAUCAUCGUCGUCUUCUUCCAUCUCUGACGCUGAGCCCGAGCGCAGGUCGCGGGCAGAGCGGCCACGUAUGGCCAGCCGGAAGCCCAGUGCCUCAAUACUAGUCCCGCGAGACCACCCUGAAAUCGAGAUCGAGGAGGAGGAAUUCCCCCCGGAUGAUGCUCGUGCGAUGAGCCCCCGCCGCAACUCCGCUGACCUGGAACGGUUGGGAAAGGAAGCCAGACAGACGCUACAGGAACAAGCAAGAACAUUACAAUCGUCACUGCAGGCACUGGCGGAGCGGAUUGAGUUGGUCAAGUCGGAUCACGACAAGCUGGAGAGCGAAAACAAGUUCCUUCAGGAUUACAUUGGUGGCCUUACGCGGAAUAUGACCAAGAGCGAGAUCACAUCGACAACGGGUGCGAAGACGAAGAAGUCUGCGAAAUAACUCUCUUCCGGCGUCCAAGGGGUGAAGAAAAGGAAUCGUGUCGACUCGAAGAAGAUCGUGAUAAAGACGGCAGCGAGAGGACAAUCCGUUGAAGACAUACGACGGCUGUCUCGGGACGUUGGGACGGAGUCGCCCUACCCCUAAUUGCACGGUGACCGUCGAUAAUUACGUUAAUA